UAGGAACCAUUGCAUUGUGGUAAUGUUUUCGUCGGAAAGUAUUUCCCUCCCCAUCUCUCACAUUGUGCUUCCGGCACUCACUCACCAUGGCGAUGACUUUGAAUCGAGGGAAUAUUACUGGGAUGCUGCGGCUUCUCCGCACCGCAGGAGCGCAUUUAUCACAAAACACGCCGACACGUUGUUUGGUUCCUGCACUGACGCGCUUCCAAAGCUCCAGCAGCAUCAUUUAUCCUGCGAGUUAUGUACCACAGACGUCCCUAUCCAGACCGCCGUGGCCUGAAUUGCCUGAAUUUGAUCCUGUAGAAGAGGAAAAACAUCAUCAAGCUGUUGUGCAGAAGGUGAACGGCCUGAUUGAGAAGGGAGAGUAUGGACGCUUGUUUGCUGUAGUUCAUUUUGCCAGCCGUCAGUGGAAAGUGACCAAUGAAGACCUGAUCCUCAUCGAAAACCACAUUGAUGCAGCAUGUGGCGACCGGAUAAGAAUGGAAAAGGUGUUGUUAGUUGGAGGAAAUGAUUUCACUCUUAUUGGAAAACCACUUCUUAGCCGUGAUUUAGUACAAGUUCACGCUACAGUCAUCGAGAAGACUGAAUCCUGGCCAAUGGUGCAUAUGAGAUUCUGGAAGAGGCAUCGAUUCCAAAGAAAGAGAAUUAUUAUUCAGCCACAGACCGUAUUAAGGAUCAACAACAUUGAUGUUUCACCAAAACUGUUUUAAUCUGCCGACAACCUGUUGCAUUUGCAAGUAAAAACGUGCCAUUUCUGUGAAUCGGGAAUGGUUUUUCAGGUUUCGUGUUUGAGACUGUGUAAAUAAAGUUUUCAGAUUGUCUAUCA